AUGGCUUUGAUAGGAAACACUAACGACAAAAAUCAAGUCGCUUCACUUAUCCAUAGAGCACCAUCAGCAGAUAUCCCAUUUCAAACGGUCCAAGUCUCAAAGCUGAGCAACCCCGCGUCACUUAUUGAGUAUAACACAAUGCGAUUUUUAAUCUUCGACUCUCCGACGGACGACAAUGUCGACAACUACAUAUUGGAGUUGAAGCGAUACAACGUGACUGAUGUUGUUCGGUGCUGCCACCCGUCUUAUGACAAAAAGAAACUCACGAACAACAAAAUUGCGAUUCACGAGUUGGUGUAUCAAGACGAGGGAUGCCCCUCGUCUCGGAUCAUCUCGGACUUCAUGCGAAUAGUGCGGACGAUAUUUCCGAAUGAAAUGAACCCGAAUAACGUGACUUUAGGAGUUCAUUGCCUCUCGGGGAUAGGAAGAGCGCCGACACUUAUAGCUAUAGCUCUUAUAGAGCUUGGGAUGGACAAUUCCGAUGCAAUCAAAUUUAUUCGAAAGAAGCGGAGUGGAGCAAUCAAUGUGCUUCAGUCGAGAUUUAUUCAGUCAUACGUUCCAAACCAAAAACGAAUAUGUGUAGUUGUCUGA